UCCUGGAGUGAAGGUGUCUCCUGCUUUUAACAUGUUGACAAUGCUUGUUCUAUCAACACUUCUGAUGCUCGGGGGUCUUGGAGGGGCAGCAGCGUCUGACUUGCAGGUCUAUGGGAAAGCAAGCUACAGUGAUAGAACUUUCCUGAGCAGCAACGAUGGAAGACAUGUGGCAAAGAAACAGCCACACCAACAGACAAAAAGUGGGAUCCGCAGGAGUUUGGAUCUCGAGAGCUUCAAUGUGCACGUGACCCCCACCACUAGCAAAAUCAGCCUCCCGACCAUCAUCAAGCUCUACCCGCCCACUGUCAAGCCUCUCCACCUUCACGCCAAUAUGCCCAUGCGAUUCGGAAGGGAGAGCAAUCCUGAUGACGACAGAUCCCCAAGCUCAAUCCCCAACAUGCCACAAAGGUUUGGAAGGUCAUGGGAGGUGAUUCAAAUGUGUACUGAGUGCCUUGGUGACCGAGAAACACUAAAGCUGCCUCAGAAACUUGGGAGAAACAGUCUGUACUGGAGCCUUCUUAGGACACUGGCCAAUGCACAGUUACUGAACACUGGCUUGCACUGGGCUGAAGAUUUUGGCUUAACAACCAGCUCAGAAGAGGUGCAGAUGCAAGAAAAAACCUUUAAAAAAUGAAAGAGGAUUCGCUAGGCCAACACUGAGGUGUAUUAUAUAGCAUGUAAAUAUCAAUAUACAGUGUUUUUAUUGUAAAGACAAAAUGUUCAAGAAUAGAUUUGUUGAAAUAUUUAAAUGUAUGAGUCCUUUUAAAUAGUUAUAUUAUCUGCAG